AUGACCAUUGAUAAAAUUAUUUACUCGAUAAAUUCGUUGUUUAUUUGCUCAUUGAAGCAGAAAGAUUACGUUAAAUCCAAAGCUACUGACGUAUAAACCUUUUAUCGAAUGUGUAAAAUAUUUUUACGAUAAUUCUGGUCCAAUUAGAUAACGAAAUAGUCUUUCCUAAAAUGGUUAUUAAUCUAAUACGAUAAGAAUAACCUGCGCGAUUUAUUUACUUAUAACUAUUGUAAGGUUCAGUAGUGAGAGUAUUGGAUGUGGAUGAAUAAAUAAAUUGUCUUUUCGUUUGGUUAGUAAAGAUUGUAGCCUUGUGUGAGUGUAGCAAACAGCCAUAAUUUACAACGUUUGAUAUCGAAGAUAAGAGACUUCCAAUGAAAAAACGAGCAAACGAUUGAUAUAACAUCAUUCGCUUUAACGAUUAACGUUUCAUAUUAACGCGGUCUCGUUAACAAAAAAGAACAUCGAGAGCGAAGCUGAUAGAAAUAAAGGACAACAUGUCGACCAAAGACAGAAUAAUACUAUGCGCUGCGGAAUGCGGCGGCACGGCGAUCCUGGUAUUUUUGGGAUGCAUGGGGUGCGUCAGUUCGCUGGCUGCGGGAGGUUCCAUUCCGCACGAACAAAUAUCCUUCACCUUCGGUUUGGCCGUCAUGGCGGCUAUUCAGGUAUUCGGCCACGUAUCAGGAGCUCACAUCAAUCCUGCUGUAACCGUAGCCGCUGCUACAUUAGGCGACAUCCCCCUGCUGCAAGUCCCCAUCUACUUCGUCGGGCAAUUCCUGGGCGCCCUGCUGGGAUUCGGUUUGCUAUGGGUCGUCACGCCGGACGUGCAUCUGGGCAAUCAAAUGGUGUUUGGCGUGAAACAGCCGGGCGUGUGCUCGCCGGUGGUCAGCCCUAACAUAUCGGCGGGCCAGGCCUGCUUCGUCGAGUUCCUGCUGACGCUGAUCCUGGUGCUGGUCUGUUGCGGCGUGUGGGACGCCCGCAAUAGGGACAAACACGAUUCGGUGUCGCUCAGGCUCGGUUUGGCCGUCGCCGUGCUGGCCAUGGCUGGGGGCCCGUACACGGGGGCGAACAUGAACCCGGCAAGAAGCUUCGUACCGGCGAUGUUCAACGGAGAUUGGCAGGCUCAUUGGGUGUACUGGAUCGGUCCGUUGGCUGCAGGAUUCGUCGGUGGGGUGAUUUACAGACUGAUUUUUAGAAAGACGCAAAGCGCAUCGAGCGAUACCCUACCGGAAGCCAUCGCUUUGAAUCAGAAGGUUUGAUUGAUUCCCGACAAACCGCUAAUAUACCUUAGUUUUUUUAAGGUACCUAAAGCGUUUCUGAAUGUACCUAUAUAUCACUCCGUUGUGCCAUUUUAUUAAUAAACGUAUUUUGUUAUA